AUGUCUACCUCUGCUGGUUACGGCCACAUCUACCCUGUCACCAGGCUCGGCAAAUACUUGUGCAUGCUCUACGCCCUCUUUGGCAUCCCGCUGAUGUUCCUAGUCCUCACGGACACGGGUGACAUCCUGGCCACCAUCCUGUCCACGUCCUAUCAUCGGUUCCAAAAACUCCCAUUCUUCCCACCUCCCCUCCCCUCCUGGUGCUCCCAGCUGCUCUGCAGAAAGCCGGCCACCAAGCCCGUGGGCGAGGUUGUUCCGAGGAUCGUCAUAGAUGCCCAAGAGCUUCCGGGCCCCAGCCCUGGCCCGUGUCCAUCCACCCCAGGCAGAAACACGGAUCUGUUCGAGAGACUUCUUGCACGAGAGAAGCAGAACACGCUGCACCUGCCCCCGCGGGCCGUGGAGAGGAGUAACUCGUGUCCCGAGCUGGUGUCGGGGAGGCUCUCCUACUCGCUCAUCAGCAAUCUGGACCAGGAGGGACGGCAGGUGGAGAAGCUGGACGUGCCCCUCUCGGUCAUCGCCCUCCUUGUGUUCGCCUACAUCUCCUGUGCGGCCGCCAUCCUCCCCAUCUGGGAGAAGAAGCUGGACUUUGAGAACGCCUUCUAUUUCUGCUUCGUCACACUGACCACCAUUGGGUUCGGGGAUACCGUUUUAGAACACCCCCACUUCUUCUUGUUCUUCUCCAUUUAUAUCAUCAUUGGGAUGGAGAUCAUGUGCAUCGCUUUCAAGUUGGUGCAAAACAGGCUGAUUCACAUCUACAAAAAUCUCAUGCUGUUCUUUGCAAAAGGGGUAUUUUACCACCGUGGUAAAAAGUGAAAUCUCCACCAUCUCUUGUGUGACAAACACCAGCUGAGCUGGUUUCCUCGUGUUGUCUUUUGGGAGCCAGGGUAGUUGGAACUGGUGUCCCUGCAGCCUGUCCCCUGAGACCUUGGGGCUUAGAGACAAAUCCUGCAUGAGGGCUGAUUUUGGUCCUGAGGCCCUGCAGAAACGUGGCUAAUGCCCUUCAUAUCAAGACGUCAGAAAAAAACUAUCACCAUCCUCCAAAGCCCGGUUAAUUGGAGCCCCGCCUUCAUUUUUCAAACCUCCCACCUGAUGUAGAUGAAAGCACCUUAUGAAUGUCACAGCUUUUCUUGAGUCACCAGAAAAAAAAUUACCAUUGCUCUUGCAAUUUGUACUUUCAGCUCAAUUAACAUCUUCCCGAGCUACUCCCUG